AGGAAAAGAGAAGAAAAAGAAAAAUCAGAGAUGGGCAGUCAAAAUAAACAAUGCGGCGUUCAAGAUUUCUAUAGCUACUACCAAUACCAAAGCCACAGACAAAGAAUCCGGCGCGGCAUGUAUACGCGCGCUUAAUUGUUUACCCACAACGCACGGUAGCAUAUUCCAAUUUCUCUCUCCGAUCAUUAACCUUUCCCCUAAAACCCUUCCAAAACCCCUUUAGCCCCCUUUGCUUUUGGUUUUUGGUUCUCCUUUUCCCCUCGCCUCUUCCCCCUUUCUCUCUGAAUCCCAUCAUGUCAAAAGCGCUGCAUCUUAUAAAAACCAACGCUUCCAACCCCAAGGUUUGGAUAGUGGCAGGAGUGACAGUGGCCGGAAUCAUAGUUCUGGCAGAGACCAGUAGAAGAAUGAGAAGGAACGCGACAAUCAUCAACAGAGAAGAUUUUGGCGCUUUUUUGGAACGCUUCGAGUUAAUUCCUUUCCCUCAGCCGCCACCUCCUGCCGCCAAACUUCCACUAUCGGGUCUUACCUUUGCCAUCGAGGACAUAUUUGAUGUGAAAGGUUAUGUAACGGGGUUUGGGAAUCCGGAUUGGCGGAGAACACACGAACCUGCUGAUAAGACGGCGGUUGUGGUUACUGCUUUGUUGAAAAAUGGGGCUAAAUGUGUUGGCAAGACAGUUAUGGACGAACUGGCUUUGGGAGUAACUGGGGAAAAUAAGCAUUACGGAACACCUACAAAUCCAAACAUGGCGUCAAAUGUUCCAGGGGGUUCUUCAAGUGGUUCUGCUGUGGCAGUUGCAGCUGAACUUGUGGACUUUGCUCUAGGUACUGAUACAAUUGGCUGUGUGAGAAUUCCGGCCUCAUUCUGUGGCAUUCUUGGGUUCCGUGCAUCUCAUGGAGCUGUAUCUACAAUUGGACUUCUUCCAAAUUCACAAAGUUUGGAUGCUAUUGGAUGGUUUGCUCGUGAUCCAUCUAUUCUACAUCGUGUUGGACAUGUUUUACUUCAACUAAAAACAGUGGAACCUAGAAGGGCGAGACGCCUUGUGUUUGCUGACGAUCUAUUCCAGCUCUCAAAGGUCCCCAAGCAAAAGACAGUUUAUGUUGUUAGCAAAGCAAUUGAAAAGCUUUCUGGGUACCAGCCUCCAAAGCAUAUCAAUUUUUCUCAAUAUGUUGCUUCAAAUGUACCCAGUCUAAAGGGUUUUUGUCAAGUAUCCACAAACCUACAAAAUGGAAUUUCUAUUUUGAAAGCUCUUUCAUCAGUGAUGGUGUCAUUGCAAAGAUAUGAGUUCAAAACAAACCACGAAGAAUGGGUUAAAUAUGUUAAACCAAGACUGGGAGCUGAGAUUUCUAAUCGUGUUCUUGCCUCAAUCAACACUGCAUAUGAGAAUGUGAAAAAUUUGUACAAAGUUAGGACUGAGAUGCGAGCUGCCGUGCAAAGUCUUCUAAAGGAUGAUGGAAUAUUAGUGAUUCCCACAAUUGCAGAUCCUCCACUAAAGCUUAACUCAAAGAAAGGGUAUUCCACUGAGUUUCAGGAUAGAGCAUAUGCAUUAUUGAGCAUCGCUAGCAUGUCUGGUGGCUGUCAGGUUUCUGUUCCAUUAGGAAAGCAUGAUGAUUGUCCUGUUUCUGUUUCGUUUGUCACAUGCCAUGGAGCAGAUAAAUUUCUUCUUGAUACAGUUUUGGAUAUGUAUGCAUCUCUGCAAGACCAAGUCAGCAUUGCCUCCAAUUCGGUGCCAUUGCCUGAUGUCAAUGGUAAUAUGGAUGCUUCUGAACUCUUGAAGGAAAAGGGAAAUGCUGCAUUUAAGGGAAUGCAGUGGAAUAAGGCUGUCAGUUACUAUAGUGAAGCUAUUAAGUUAAAUGGGACAACAGCAACAUACUAUAACAAUCGGGCAGCAGCUUAUUUGGAACUAGGAUGCUUUCAGCAAGCUGAAGAGGACUGCAGUAAGGCAAUAUCACUUGACAAAAAGAAUGUGAAGGCAUAUCUUAGACGUGGGACAGCCAGAGAAUCACUACUCUGUUAUAAAGAGGCUCUUGAAGAUUUCAAACACGCUCUGGUUCUAGAGCCACAGAACAAAGUUGCUAACCUUGCAGAAAAAAGACUUGGAAAACUGAUAAGUUGAUGCUCCUCUGCUCUCCUCCCAUCUUGUCUAACAAAUAUGAGAGACUUUAAUUGAGGAUAUGCACCAUCCUCAUGCAACAUCAGCUGUUUGGAUAGAAGGGUAAAUGAAAGUAGAAGCCGGCUAUUUAGAGGGUGCUGCCUGCGGCAUUUUUUUUGCUGUAACAUUUUUCCUUGGGCGUAUUGUUUGUGUGUAAUCAAUAAAUGUUCCUGCUGCAUUCGUAAAUGAGAGACUUGGAUAGAAUUUCAGCUUGUUGCACCUUGUAAUCUACAGCGUUCACAAACUGGAAAAGGGGAGGAAAUGAUGCCUCAAUGUUGGCAACCAAAGUCCAAAGUCUGUGUAUAUGUUAGGGAAGUGUCAUUGCAUCUUUGUAUAUGAAUGCACAGUUACAAUCUCGAGUUUUGUCCGAUAUUUGACCACUUCAA